GCUGGAGGAGCUCCUGUGAUCGCUACCGCUGGCGCUGGAGCUCCACGGCGAGGCGCAUUUGUGAUGCUCGCCUGGCCUACGCAUGAAUUUCUGCCGCGAUCGUGAUCGCCGAGAGAUCGCGGAGCGAGGAUGAUCCGGAGAGUUUUCUGUGGCGUUCUCGCUCGCAGCAGUGCAGCGAAGGGGAUUCCAGGUGAUAAUCGAGCUCUUGUUGCCGGCUUGAAUGCCGUGUUCUCUCCAAGGAAUUUCAGCAGCCUGCCAGAGAAGGAGCUCAACGAUUCAGCUCCUAAAGUGAAACUUCUCGUGGGAGGCGAGUUUAUAGACUCUAAGACCAGCGAUUGGGUUGAUGUCGUCAAUCCGGCUACGCAAGAAAUCGUGUCUAGACUACCUCUGACGACGCCGUCCGAAUUUGAUGCCGCGGUCGAUUCAGCGAAAGCUGCGUUUCCAAAAUGGAGAGAUACUCCUGUGACAACGCGCCAGAGAGUCAUGCUCAAGCUACAGGAGCUUAUACGAAGAGAUAUGGAUAAACUGGCUUUGAACGUGACGACUGAGCAAGGAAAGACGCUUGGGGAUGCUCGCGGCGAUGUCUUCCGUGGAUUAGAGGUUGUGGAGUUUGCGUGCGGCGCUGCAACUUUGCAAAUGGGGGAGUUUGUGGAGAACGUUUCCACUGGCAUUGACACAUAUAGUAUAAGACAACCUCUGGGGAUCUGUGCUGGAAUUUGUCCCUUCAAUUUCCCUGCCAUGAUUCCAUUAUGGAUGUUUCCAGUUGCUGUAACGUGCGGGAACACCUUUGUCCUGAAACCCUCGGAGAAAGACCCUGGGGCGUCAUUGAUGCUAGCAGAGCUUGCAGCGGAAGCUGGCCUUCCCCCUGGCGUUCUCAAUAUCGUUCAUGGGACAAAUGACGUGGUGAACCGUAUCUGCGAUCAUCCAGACAUCAAGGCCGUGUCUUUCGUCGGAUCGGACAAGGCUGGCAUGCACAUCUACUCUCGUGCAGCUGCUACGGGCAAACGAGUUCAGUGCAACAUGGGGGCCAAAAAUCACGCGGUGAUUAUGCCUGAUGCAUCGCCUGAAGCGACAAUGAAUGCUUUAACUGGUGCUGCCUUUGGAGCCGCUGGCCAGCGUUGUAUGGCUAUCAGUACUGCAGUGUUCGUUGGCGAUUCAAAGCCUUGGGAAGAGGGCUUGAAACAGCGGGCAAUGAAAUUGAAAAUCGGCUGUGGCACAGAGCCCGGUGCAGAUCUUGGCCCAGUUAUAAGUAAACAGGCAAAGGAGCGUAUUUGCAGCCUCGUCGAGAGUGGGCUGAAAGACGGCGCGCGAGUUGUGCUUGAUGGUAGAAAUGUCGAGGUUCCCGGCUUUACAAGUGGAAACUUUGUUGGGCCAACUAUACUAGCCGAUGUUAGACCAGACAUGGAUUGCUACAAGGAAGAGAUAUUUGGCCCAGUUUUACUUUGCUUAAAGGCAGAGACACUUGAAGAGGCGAUUGAAAUUGUAAAUAGUAACAAAUACGGCAACGGGACUGCCAUAUUCACGACAUCGGGCCCGGCAGCGAGGAAGUUCCAACACGAGAUUGAUGUUGGCCAGGUAGGGAUCAACGUCCCAAUUCCAGUGCCUUUACCAUUCUUCUCCUUCACGGGCUCGAGAGGUUCAUUUGCGGGCGACCUCAACUUCUAUGGCAAGGCUGGAGUCCACUUCUUUACUCACAUGAAAACCGUGACGACGCAGUGGAAAGACAGUCCAGGAGGCGUCACAAUGGCGUUCCCGACCUCCCAAAAGGUGUAGAACACACAACAAUGUGAUAUAAAAGGCCAGCGGCUCAUUAUUUUUGGUUUCCUUUGAAUUCAAUCUCCUUGUGUUCUCUGCUGAAAAAUCUGUAAGUGAAUUUUCAGAAAUAAAAGUGGAUUUCACUCA